AUGCCCACAAUCCGUUACAAGAACAGAGAUGAGCUCAUCGUUGGUAUUAUUGGGGAUGAAGACACAGUCACCGGUUUUCUUUUGGCGGGUACCGGAGAUAAUCGAGCGACUUUGAACCAGAUGAGUGGAGAUAAAAAGAACGUUGAACAACCAAACUACAUAGUUGUGAAUCCAAACACACCACUGGUUGAUAUCGAGACAGCAUUUACCAAUAUGUGUGCAAAUGAUGCAGUUGGUGUUAUUGUGAUAUGUCAGCACAUAGCGAAUGACAUUCGUCAUUUGAUUGAAGAACAAAAAGAACCUAUUCCUUGCAUUCUUGAGAUUCCGAGCAAAGGGGGUCUCUACGACGCUGAGAGGGACUUCGUUUUGGAGAAAAUCACCAGAGCUCUUGGUAUACGUUAA